AUGUUAAUGAUGGUGAUUGAUGAUGAUGAAUGUGAGAUUGAUGACGAUGACAGUGAUGAUGAUAGUGGUAAUAGUGAUGAUGAUGAUGAUGAUGAUGAUGAUAGUGGUAAUAGUGAUGAUGAUGACGCUGAUGAUGUGAUGAUGGCGAUGGCAGUGAUGAUGGCGACUGCGAUCAUUACAACGAUGAAGGUCGACUCAUUUUAA